GGGAGAGGAAGUGACUUGGACCCAUUCUUUAUAAAUAGGGAGGCUGGCACAUAUUCUGUACAGAGUUGGGCAAGCAGAAGGACAAGAUUCUAUUUCCUAAAUCUUUCUGCUGGGAAAAGAGUUUAAUCUACAGGAAUCUCUGCCGCAUAUUCAGGAAAGUGUGAAAUCUUGUUCAUCACCUGGGUUCCAAGCCACACAUUUGUCUGAGAGUUGCAGAUCAGAGUGUUCUGAAUAAAGACAUGCUUCCAAUCUCCGUGGUGACACUGACCAGGCUGGUCUUGCUGACAACUUUCUCAGCAGCACUGGAUCCAAUCCUGGAUAUGCAUUGGAAUCAUUGGAGAGGCUCCCACCAUAAAAUAUACCAUCUGGGAGAAGAGAAUCACCGCAGAGAAAUAUGGGAGAGCAAUCUGAAAAUGAUAGAACAGCACAACAGCGAGGCUGGGGAGGCGAAACACAAUUAUACCAUGGCAAUGAAUGAAUUUGGUGAUUGGACUAAUGAAGAGUUUAACGAGAAGAUGAAUGGGUACCGUCCUGACCCGUUUCAUAAAGUCGAUAACAAUAUUGCCUUGUUCAAAGAAUCUGACACUUUGGUGACUGAAGCAUGUGUGGACUGGCGUUAUCAAGGUUAUGUCACCCCAGUGAAAAACCAGGGUAGCUGUGGGUCUUGCUGGGCAUUCAGCGCCACUGGAGCCCUGGAAGGGUUGCAUUUCAAGAAGACCCACCAGCUGGUUUCUCUGAGUGAACAAAACCUUGUCGAUUGCUGCUGGCCUCAGGGUGACCAGGGAUGCGGCGGAGGAUGGCCAGCUUCGGCCUUUCAUUACGUGAUGGGAAACAGGGGAAUCAACUCAGAGCGUACCUACCCCUAUGAAGGAAAGAACGGACCCUGUCGUUUCCAACCCUGGGAUCGGGCGGCCACGUGCUCCUCCUAUACAUACAUUCCGCAGGGCAAUGAGGGUGCCCUGGAACAAGCUGUGGGAUCAGUUGGCCCAGUCUCUGUUGCUGUGGAUGCUUCAGACUUCCAGUUUUACCAUCAAGGAAUCUAUUCCAAUUCUAAAUGCGGCACACAGUUGAACCAUGCUGUGCUGGCCAUUGGCUACUGCACCGAUGUACAGCAGGGACCAUAUUGGAUCCUGAAGAACAGCUGGGGUCCAACUUGGGGUGAGAAUGGCUACAUGCGGCUGGCAAAAGGAUUCAACCUCUGUGGCGUAGCAAAUGCUGCAAGUUACCCCUUCUGACCUGUCCAGGAGCCGGGAUCUCGUCUUCUGGAGCCAUCCCAUUCAGCGCAACGAAACAUCACGAUUUAUCACACUACUGCUUCUCUUCCCUUUUCUCCUGAUCUAAUGACUUCCGGACGGAGCAGAAAUUGAGUUCUGAAAUCAAAUUAUG